AUGGAUUCGGAACUGAAAUCGGCCAAAUCCUCUUACCGGACCGCCAAAGCAGAGGGUAACCACCGUGAAGAAGCGCGUUGGGCAAACGUCAUCGGCGACAUACUCAAGAACAGAGGAGAGUACGUUCAAGCCCUCAAAUGGAUCCGAAUUGAUUACGAAAUUUCUCGCAAACACUUACCUGAGAAUCAAUUGCUCACAACUUGUCAAUCCCUCGGCGAGAUCUAUCUCCGUCUGGAGCAUUUUACCGAAGCCCUAACUUACCAGAGAAAACAUUUAGAGCUUGCUAGGGAUGCUAACGACCUCGUUGAGCAACAAAGAGCCAGCACACAGCUAGGUCGAACUUACUACGAACUUUUUUCAAGAUCAGAACACGAUCACAACUCAGUUCGCAAUGCAAAGAAGUAUUUCAAGAGCGCGAUGGAACUGGCAGUUGCUCUAAAAAAGAAUCCGCCUAAUAAUAAGUCUUCACAUCUCAAGGAAUACAUUGAUGCUUACAACAAUAUAGGAAUGCUUGAAAUGGAGAUUGAUAAUUUGCAGGAGGCGCAGAAGAUACUCGCUAAAGGAUUGGAGAUUUGUGACGAAGAGGAGAUUAGUGAGUAUGACGAUGGGCGUACUAGGUUACAUCAUAACCUUGGGAAUGUGUAUAUGGAAUUGAGGAUGUGGAGUGAAGCUAGCAAGCAUAUUAAGAGAGAUAUUUUGAUUUGUCACAAAAUUGGACAUCGUCAAGGGGAAGCCAAAGGGUAUAUUAAUCUCGGUGAAAUGCAUUACAGGACUCAGAAGUAUGAAGAAGCGCGGUCUUAUUAUGAGAAGGCACUUGCUUUGGCAAAGUCCUUAGAGGAUGAGGAUGCUUUGGUUAGACAGAUUAAGGAAAAUAUUGAAAUUGUUAAAGAAGCUGUUAAAGUUAUGGAUGAAAUCAAGGGAGAAGAGCAGAAACUUAAAAAACUCAAGAGAGGUAUAGCCUCUGCCAGAGGGACAUUGCACGAGCGCAACUGUCUGCUACAGCAAAAUGGGUCUCUUGAACGCCUUGUUGAGAAAGCCAGGAUGAUCUCUGCAUGGGAGAAGUAUUGUGAGUUUGCAAAGGACAAGAAGAAAGUAGCGCAUGACCUUAGUGACAGGCAAAGGCUGGGUGAUUCAUAUCUGGAUGUUGCAGAAUCAUACCAGAAGCUCAGAAAAUUCAACAAGGCAAUCAAAUGGUACAAAAAGAGUUGGGAAGUGUACAAAACAAUUGGUAACUUAGAGGGGCAAGCACUGGUGAAAAUUAAUAUUGGUAAUGUUUUGGAUUCUACUCACAAUUGGAAAGAAGCGUUGGAUGCAUAUAAAGAGAGCUACAGGAUUGCUGUUGAAGUAAACCUUCCUGAUGUACAACUUUCUGCCUUGGAAAAUAUGCAUUAUAGCAACAUGAUCAGAUUUGAUGAUGAGGAUGAGACCAGAAGGCUGAAACUUCUAAUUGAUAAGCUGAAGAAGUCAAAUGAAGAUCAAGAAGAUAAUAGUACGCCCGAAGAUUGUUGUCCUGAAACUGAUAAUGAAGAAAAUGAUUGUAUGUCAAAUAGCGGGUCUGAUGAGUUUUGCUUUCCAAAGAAAACUUGUAAAUCAGAAACCCUGACAUCUGGAGAAGAAUCGAAUGAUGAUAAUAAGCCUCUUACGUUGCUAUAUCAGUCCAUUAAAGGUUCAUCUAGAAAGAUAAGUCACAAGGAAAGUCCUACCAACUCUACCAUGCAGGUUGACCAGUCACCCAAAAGUGUGACAAAACAGGCAAGCAAGCAUCAAGCAGUUGUUGGUCGUAAACGUGUCCGUGUAAUUCUUUCCGAUGAUGAUGAUGAUGAUGAGAUGGAAUGCUCAAGCAGAAAGGAUCAUGACUGCCUUUUAGAGAACUUGCCCAAUAAUGAUGCCAUUGAGAGUAAAAUCAAUCCUAGUAAAAUUCAGGUUGUCUCAGAGAAUACAUCCAAAUGUGCAAUUAAUGUUGAAGAAAGUAGUAGUUCUUUCAAAAGCUGGAGUACAAAUGCAGCCGCUAAAUCAUGCAGACAUUCCAGAUCAUUGAGCGAUGAUUUAGCUGUUGAACCUGAGUUUCACAGUGGUUCUAAAUGCGAUACAGUUCUCUCUGGCAAACAAAAUGGUGUUGCCCAUCCCAUUACACAUCAUUCUCAAGAUGAUAAAUAUAUUGCAUGUCGGAUCGGGAAUGAUAUAAUUUAUGUUGAAGCAGCCUUGUGUGCUGCUGGUGAACAUUUCAACAUUGGCUCGUUAAAAGCUGCAGUUGCAUGCCUAUACUAUCUACAAUUUCCAACAGAAAAGAGAUCAGAGGGUUUGUUGCCCAUUAUUCAGCACAUAAAAUGUGCUGGUAGGGAUAUAGAGUUGCUGGAAAGUGUUGAAAAGCUUAAGGAGCAUCUGCAAAACAACAUGGUUGAAGCUUUCAUUGAUGGGUGGAUUCAGAAGCGCCUAAUAGGAAUGUAUGUAGACCGCUGCAAGGAGUUGAGUGAGGAACCAAAGACCAAGGUGCUGAAGAAACUUUACAAUUUAGAGGUAUCAGAUGAUGAAAUCAUUGUAUCGGACUGUGAUCUGCAAGAUUUGUCUAUAACACCAUUGAUAGAUGCAUUGCAUUCCCAAAUGGCAUUUUCUUUACUUGAUAUCUCUCACAAUUGCUUAGGAAAUGGGACAAUGGAGAAACUUCGAAAAGUGUUCACAACAUCGGGUCAAUCUUACGGUGACUUAACUCUGGACUUGCACUGCAACCGAUUUGGCCCAACAACUUUGUUUCAGAUUUGUGAAUGCUCUCUGCUAUUUGCUCGCCUCGAAGUGCUUAACAUUUCUGGAAACCGUCUUACUGAUGCCUGUGGAUCUUAUCUUUCAACAAUUUUAAAAAACUGUACAGCUCUCUGUAGCUUGAAUGUAGAGAACUGCUGUAUCACAUCCAGAACCAUUCAAAAAAUUGCUGAUGCAUUGGACUCUACCUCUGUACUUUCACACCUUUGUAUAGGACACAACAGCCCUGUAUCUGGGAAUGCUUUAGUUAAUCUUCUAUCCAAGCUUUCUACUUUAAAAAGGUUUUUGGAGUUGAAUAUGAGUGGUCUAAAGCUAGGCAAACCGGUUGUCGAUAGCCUUUGCCAGCUUGGAGGGACCUUGACUUUAUCAGGACUAAUACUUGGGGGCACUGGUAUUGGAAACGAAGGGGCCGUGAAAGUAACAGAAUCAUUGCUAAAAGGGACCGAGGAGCUUGUGAAACUUGACCUAUCAUAUUGUGGGCUAACAUCUGAUUAUAUUUUAAACAUCAAUGUUAAUUCAUUUUGUUCCAUCCUUGAGCUGAACCUGGAAGGAAAUCCCAUAAUGUCCGAGGGCUGCAAUACUCUAUUUUUGCUUCUCAUAAACCCACAGUGCUGUCUCAAAGUUUUGGUCCUUAGGAAGUGUCAACUUGGGCUUGCUGGAGUUCUUCACAUACUUGAGGCUCUUGCAGAUAACAGCAGUCUGGAGGAGCUUAAUCUUGCUGAUAACUCUGUUACAACGGAACUUUGUGUUCUACAAUGUGAUGAUGUAUCAGCUAAAAGCUGCUCACAGAACCAGGAGCAGAAACUUGAUACUGUGAAAGUGGAUGAUAAUCAAGAGGUGUUAUGCUCUCUAGAUACUUUUGCCAAUCAGCUGGAAGUUGCGGAUAGUGAAGAUAGGUUAGAAGCUGCUGCUUCUGGAAUUGACGACAGCUGUGCUAGUUCAUGUCAAAGAAAUUCAUCUCCUGAGUGCCAAUUCACUCCACAAUUUUCAACUGCUAUUGCAAAGGCAAAAAACUUACAAUUAUUAGACCUUAGCAAUAACAGUUUUUCUGCACAAGCUUCAGAAACAUUCUAUUGUUCGUGGACAACUUUACGACCCCUUUCAAGUCACAGGCACAUAACUAAGCAUAUUAUUCAUUUCUCAACUAAAGAAAAGAAGUGCUGCAGCGUGAAACCGUGCUGUAAGAGAGUUUGA